CACGUCGUAUACAGAGAGACGUUGAUUGAAAUCGUACUUUUUGUUUAUCAGGGAAUAACGUUUCACUUCAUACGUUGCAAUGCGAACAAGCUUCCUGUUCUUCGCUUUGCUUCUCUACACGGUCACCCUGUGUACUGCCAUCUCUCGGAUUGGCAGGUCUCUGCAACGCAGGCCCAGGCAAUUCCCGGCCAAAUCGCACGGAGUCGAGGCUGCAUUCGCGCGUGCUGUAUAUGACAAGGGCACGAGAAUAGCUGACGACUCGGUGAGAGAGAUUACUGAUUAUUUCACCAAACGUAUGGUAUCACGUGACUGGCAAUUUCCAUAUAAGGAUCACGACGAACACGGGUUCCCCUUGGAAAGUGACAAACUACCUCUAGAAUACAUUUCAACCACAGGAAAAUCUGGCCAAAAUAGAGCCAAGAAUACCCUCAUUUACAUAAAACCCCACAGUCUUCCAAUAGAAAAAAGAGUCGAGAAUUUAGAAAAUGACGUCAGCCAAGAGGAUGAUGUGGACGACGAUGGUUUUGAAAUGGAUGAUGCAAUAGUGGAAGAUGAUAAAGACGAGGAGUACUGGAGACCACAUCGUCUGCGCAUGCGCUUCAAGAGAGACAGGUCCCAGCAUAUACGAUAUGGAAAAAGAUAACAGAACAUUCAAGGGGCUUGCGUAAUGAAGAGGGCACCGCUAUCAACACUAAGGAAUAGACUCAGUAAACUAUGCAUAUAUGUGUUCAAACAGUUUCUGCUGUGGUUUCACAUAUCUUUAUGUCUAUUUUUGUUAAUCUCUAUUUAAGUAUUUGAAAAAUGAUUAUUUGGUUUUACUGAUCUGUGAUAAAGGGAAUUAUUUUGCCAAGAUUAUGUCUAUUUUCUGGGAAAACUUGACCUGCAUGUUCGAUUUAACGCUCAGUAAAUAAAUACUUAUUUGUUAUCAGGUC